AUGCAUUUUGUUGUUGCCUCAAGACAUAUAAAACAAUUUUCAAAAAGUUUACAAUGUAUAAGUAGAAUUGGUGAUGAUUUAUAUAUUGAAAUUCAUGAAGAUUUUAUAAAAUUUGUUACAGUUAAUUCAUCUAGAUCAGCAUAUGCCACAUUCACAUUUCACAGCAGUUUCUUUCAAAAUUAUAUAUUUGAAAAAGAUGAUAUUAUACCACAAAAUCAAUACAGAGUCAAGUCUAAACUAUGUUUUCAAAUGUUUCACUCACUCAGUAAUAUAGACAAAUGUGCAAUGAAGAUUGUAAAUGAUGAAAGUAAAAUUACAUUCUAUUUACUUUGCAAAAACGGUAUUCAAAAGAUUUACUCUAUGAACUAUGAAGAAAGUCAAUGUCCUGCUGCUGUAUUUAAUAGAGAUCCACCUUACAAGAUUACUGCCAAACCAAAACAACUCUCUGACUGUUUAAACUUUUUUUCAAGUAAUGUCGAAGAAAUUGCAAUGCUAAUUCAAAAAGAUCGUGUUAUUUUAAGGAGUCAGGUCGAUGAAAAAAAACCUAAUACAAAAGCAUUAGCAACUGAAGUUACGGUGGAUUAUCAAGAUUUUGAUAACUAUGUUUUUAGAGGACCUGGUGCUGAAAUUUCAUUUGGAUAUAAAGAUAUAAAAACUAUUUUGGCAUAUAUCGAUGUAAUAAAUAACCCAUAUACAAUGCUAAUUGACCAGUGCGGAAGACCAUUUAAUAUAAGCUUCAACUACAACUCUACUUUUCAUGCAGAUUUUAUUUUAGCCACAUUAUAUAACUCAAACCAACCAAGAAAUGCACAACAAGCACAACAAUACCAAUCAGCUCCACCAGUCACACCACAACAUCAAUAUUUUGCAGACUCCUCAUCAUUUAAUAGUAGAUCUGAGCAUCAUCAAAACUACAGAAAUACUUCAAUGGGCUCACCAAACACAAAUCAAAACUAUCAGCAACAACCUAUUUUCUCUUCUCAUGAAGAUGACCAUGACGAUAUGAUGGAUGGAAUGCCAUUAGAUCAUGACCUUCAACAGCAACAACAACAAACUCCAAAUUCAAACUAUCAAUAUAAUAUUUCACAACAACAGCAACAACAGAAUAUUUACCAACAUUCAUUCCUACCACAUUCAUUCAAAGAUCAACAUGAUUUACAACAAUAUGAUUUACUAAGACAACAACAACAACAACAACAACAAUUCGAUUUUCAACAAUAUGAUUUACAACAACAGCAACAACAACAAUUUGAUUUUCAGCAAAACCAAAACAUUCCAUUAUCAAAUACUUCUGUAAAUACUGCAAAAAGAACAACUAUUAACUAUCGUUCAGAUAUAAAUUUAGAUGAAGAUGACGACGAUGAUGAUGAUGAAAAUGAAAACAUUCAAUCAAGUAAUAACUAA